AUGGAUCAUGGUCGUUGCUGGCACGGUGGUGGUAAGCGGAGCAUGGAGCGCGACGAUGAUGGUGGGAGGAGAAAUGAUGCUCUGAUCCGCCUUCCCCUCACCUGGCCCGGCUCUGACCCGACCCUCCCUUCCCUCCUCCUCAACUCCCACCUCGACUCUGUUCCCGCCGAGCCCUCCAAGUGGGCCCACCCGCCCUUCUCGGCCCACCGCACCCCCGAAGGCCACAUCUUCGCCCACGGCGCCCAGGACGACAAGUGCAUCGCCAUCCAGUACCUCGAGGCCAUCCGCAACCUCAAAGGCGCAGGCUUCAACCCAAUCCGCAUCGUACACGUGUCGUACGUCCCCGACGAGGAGAUCGGAGGCCUCGACGGCGCCGCCAAGUUCGCCGUCUCUGACGAGUUCAAGGAACUGAAGGUCGGGUUUGUUUUGGACGAGGGUCAGGCCAGCCCCGGCGAUGAGAUUCAGAUCUUUUACGCUGAUCGGACGCCGUGGAAUUUGAUAGUCAAGGCGAAGGGGAUGCCCGACCAUGGUUCUAGAAUGUUCGACAAUAGUGCCAUGGAGAAUCUGAUGAAGAGCGUUGAGCUUAUGGCGAGGUUCAGGGAGGCUCAAUUCGAUGAGGUCAAGGCCAGGAAUGCUGCUAAUUCGGAGGUCAUUUCGGUCAAUCCGGUUUAUUUCAAAUCCGGGAUUGUUUCCGGCGAUGUGAGAGUCAUGUGGUUUUGUCAGCUUAGUGGUUAUUGUUGUGUUUGGUGUUCGAAAUUUUUUUUAUCACAAAUACAAAGGUGUUUGAUUGUUGGUGUAUUUAGGGAUAUGCGAUGAAUAUGCAGCCUUCUGAGGCUGAAGCAAGUUUUGAUGUGA